AUGGUUGAACAACUUCACAACUCCACAGCGAGUGGAAACACAUCACCUGUCCCCUCAGGUCCAUAUAAUCUUUGGGAAGUCAUCAUUGUUGCUACUGUGUCUGCUGUUGCGAGCCUAAUCACUAUAGUGGGAAACGUUUUGGUGUUGCUUUCUUUCAAAGUGAACAGCCAACUGAAGACAGUGAACAACUAUUAUUUACUAAGUUUGGCUUUUGCAGACCUAAUAAUUGGAGUGUUCUCUAUGAACCUGUACACUACGUAUAUUCUGAUGGGAUACUGGUCUCUGGGAAACUUAGCAUGCGAUCUGUGGUUAGCUUUGGACUAUGUGGCAAGUAAUGCAUCAGUAAUGAACUUGUUGGUGAUCAGCUUUGAUAGGUAUUUCUCCAUUACUAGGCCACUUACCUACAGGGCAAAACGAACACCAAAGCGUGCUGGCAUUAUGAUUGGCUUGGCAUGGCUUAUAUCCUUGAUCCUAUGGGCCCCUCCUAUUUUAGGCUGGCAGUAUUUUGUGGGAGAAAGAACAGUUCCUCCAGACCAGUGCCAGAUUCAGUUCUUCUCAGAACCUGUGAUUACAUUUGGAACAGCCAUAGCAGCGUUUUACAUUCCUGUCUCCAUUAUGACUAUUUUAUACUGCAGAAUCUACAAGGAGACUGAAAAGCGUACAAAAGAUUUGGCUGAGCUGCAAGGGAUCACGUCUGCAGAUAGCCACGACAACCCAAAAACCCCAAAACAACGAUCCUGUUUUGCUUUCAACACUGACCGGAACAGACCUCACGGCUCAUGGUCUUCAUCAAACCAGAGUAACGUGGCUAAGACUACAGCUCAGUCUGAGGACAUGUUGGUGAAAUCGGAUCAGGCUACUGCUCUCAAUAGUUAUACAUCGUCUGAGGAUGAGGAGCAUCCUGUUUUGGAAGCACCAUCUCAAGAUUCUUACAAAAAUCAGGAUAAGCCAAUGAACUGUUAUAAAGAAAGCCACUUUCUUACUAAGUCCACCAAGUACUUAUCACAGAAGAAUAAGAAUUGCAUCUCGUACAAGUUCAAGCCAGUCUUGAAGAAUAUCAGCCCUCAGAAAGCCAAUAGUGAACCUGUAACACAUCUUUGCCCAUCUUCUCAACAGUUAACACUUACAUCUGCAUCUAUUUCAGCACAAUCUUUGGAUUCCAGCCUCAAAAGUCAAAUCACUAAACGGAAGAGAAUGGUUCUCAUCAAGGAGAAAAAGGCAGCUCAGACACUUAGUGCUAUUCUCCUGGCCUUUAUUCUUACCUGGACUCCAUAUAACAUCAUGGUGCUCAUCUCUACCUUCUGCUCUGAUUGCAUUCCGCUAUCCCUCUGGCACUUGGGCUACUGGCUCUGCUAUGUUAACAGCACCAUAAACCCCAUGUGUUAUGCCUUAUGCAACAAAACCUUCCAGAAGACCUUUCGAAUGUUGCUCUGCUGUAAGUGGAAGAACCCAGGAAAGCAGAAACUGCACUGGUGUGGGCAAAAUCCACCAGUCGUGAACAAACUAACACAGCAAACAGACUGA